AUGCCCACAAUUGACAGUUUCGACAGAACUAAGGAUCCCCUCGACCACUUGGAGACUUUUCAGGCGCUGAUGCACCUGCACGCGAUGCCGGAUGAGAUCAUGUGCAGGGCUUUCCCAACGACUCUCAAAGGAUCAGCACGGGUAUGGUUCAACAAACUAAAGCCAAGAACCAUCGAAACCUUUGAAGAAUUGAGUAAGGGCUUUGUGGGCCAUUUCAUUGCUGGCCAGAGGCAUAGAAGGCCGGCUACCCACCUCCUCACUGUGAAGCAACGAAAGGGAGAGUCACUGCGAGAUUACAUUAGUCGUUUUAACACGGAGAUGUUACAUGUGGAGGAAGCGGAUGACAAGGUGGCCCUAGCCGCCUUCAUGGGAGGACUCCAAACCUCAAGAUUCCUCUUCUCUUUAUCAGAAGAACCUCCUACCAGUAUGGCCGAGUUAUUGGUUCGAGCUAAAAGACAUAUGAAUGCUGAAGAUGCAAUGAUUGCGAGAAAGGGAAAAGAAGGGGAGGAUAAGAAGUCAGACAAGAAAAGGCCGGCCCUGACAAUCAGAGAUGAAAAGGAAACCGAGUAUAAGAAACCCAUGGUCAACCAGAAUAAAAGGGCGUCUCGCUAUAAGAAAGCGGAGAGGUAUACAAAUUACACUCCUUUAAAUAUGCCGAUAGAUCAAGUUUUCCUGCAGAUCCAAGAUGAGCCAUAUCUGAAGUGGCCACCGAAGUUGAAGUCAGAUUCGGCAAGGAAACCUCGUGAUAAGUAUUGCAGGUUCCAUAAAGACCAUGGGCACGCUACAAAGGAUUGCUUCAACCUUAAGGAUCAGAUUGAGACUCUAAUCCGAAGGGGGUACAUGCGAAAGUUUAUUGUGGGGAAUGACAGAACCGACAUUAAUCCACUAAAAGCAAGCCGAGACAACCACCCUCCUGAUCAACAACCAAUAGGAGAGAUCAGGGUUAUAGCUUGGGGGUGUGCAGGAGGUGAAGAAUUAAGCUCAACCCGUAAGGCCUGUGCCAGGAGAAUGCGAAGCUCAUCUGAGGUGUGCGAAGUUGGAGUACAGAUUCAACAUCGAAAGAUGCCUCGUUUAGGUGAUCCAGUUAUUACAUUCUUAGAUGAAGACAUGAAGGAUGUGCAACAACCUCAUGACGACCCUCUUGUCGUCACCAUGAUGAUCGCUAACUAUAAUACUCGGCGAAUCUUGGUAGAUAAUGGAAGUUCAGCUGAUAUCAUUUUUCUUGAUGCAUUCAGCAAGAUGAAGAUUGGUAAGGAGAAACUCAGACCUACUAGAUCACCAUUGGUGGGAUUCACGGGAGACAAGGUCUAUCCUCUAGGAGCGGUCAUCCUUCCUGUCACUGCAGGAACCAGCCUAAAACAAGUCACUGUCAUGGUAGACUUCCUGGUGGUAGAUUGUCCAUCUGCUUACAAUGUCAUCCUAGGAAGAGCGACCUUAAAUUUGAUGAGGGCCAUCACUUCGACUUAUCACCUAUUAAUGCGCUUCCCUACCGAGCAUGGCGUAGGCGAACUAAGAGGAGAUCAGUCCAUUGCCAGAGAAUGCUAUGUUGCCUCUCUCAAAGAAAAGAUGCAGCAAGAGGCUUUGAUUGUCGAUGAAGUUGAAGAGAAUGAGCAAGACCGUGCUAAGCCAAUCGAGGACUUAGUGGAGAUAUGCUUGAAUGACACUGACGUAACAAAAAAGGUAAGGAUAGGGUCUCUGCUCCCCUCAGAUUUCACAAAUAUUCUUAUACAGUUCCUCAGACAUAAUCAAGAUGUAUUCGCUUGGUCACAUGAAGACAUGCCCGGUAUUAAUCCAACUACGAUUGAGCAUCGAUUAAACACAGAUCCUACAUUCAAACCUAUCAGGCAAAAACGAAGAACAUUUGCCGCGGAAAGGAACAUGGCUAUAUCAGAAGAGGUGAAUAAACUUAUGAAAGCUGAUUUCAUCCAAGAGGUUCGUUAUCCCGACUGGUUGGCCAAUGUUGUUUUGGUAAAAAAUGCCAAUGGAAAAUGGAAGUUGUGCGUAGACUUUACCGAUUUAAAUAAGGCGUGCCCCAAAGACAGUUUCCCUCUGCCAAGAAUUGAUAUGUUGGUAGAAGGGACAGCUGGCCAUGAGCUGCUCAGUUUUAUGGAUGCAUACUCGGGGUAUAACCAAAUCUCAAUGCACAUACCAGACCGAUAG